AUUAUUUUGCAGACUCACGUAAACAGGUGCACGUGUGAAACUGAAAGCUUAGGAGACAAAUUAUGGAUAUCAAGCCAAAUACAAUUAAAACAGACAAUGUUACAGUAGAUUUGUGUUUUCAUCCAAAGAAAGAUGUGUUAGCAACAGGAGAUAUGGAGGGUGAUAUUAGACUAUAUUCAUAUCCUGCUACAGGAGACACAAGUGAGAUAAUGACAUUAACACAUCAUAAGAAAGCUUGCCGAUGUCUGAGAUUCUCCAACAAUGGAGAAGAGCUAUACACAGCAUCAAAAGACAAAUCAAUACAAAUAAUAGAUUUAAAUACUGGUGGUGUAAAACACAAGUUCAAAAAAGCUCAUGACUGUCCUGUUUACUGUAUGCUGGUGACUGGGGAACAUUUUAUAGCAACAGGCGAUGAUGAUGGUGUGAUUAAGAUUUGGGAUGUGAGAAUUAACAAAGAGGUUAUUGAAAUAAAAGAAAAUGAAGAUUUUAUCAGUGACAUGGGAAUUGAUCCACAUAAAAGAAUGCUGCUAGCAACCAGUGGCGAUGGUACACUUACAGCCUACAAUAUCAGACGGAAAAAGUUAGAAAUGCAGUCUGAACUGUUUGAUUCAGAGUUUCUAUCAAUAGCACAAAUGAAGAACAAUCAGAAAGUAGUUUGUGGAUCUGGAGAUGGUGUAUUUUACCUGUUUAAUUGGGGAGAAUGGGGUAAUAUGAGUGACAUGUUCCCUGCCCUCAAUUCUCCACCUGUUUCUUUAGACUGCAUGGUAGCUCUCACAGAUGAUAUUAUAUGUUGUGGAUGUGAUGAUGGUAAUAUCAGAGCUAUUAAUAUAUUACCAAAUAGAAUUAUUGGUGUUGUUGGUGACCAUGAGAAAUUCCCUGUGGAGAACAUCAGUCUAUCACAUGACAAAAAAUUACUGGCUAGUUGCUCACAUGAUCAAACAAUUAAAUUCUGGAAUAUUGACAAUUUGGAUGAACAGAGAGUGAGUGACAAAAAGAAGAAGAAAUCUAAUAAGUCUAAACUUUUAUCAUCGGCUGGUAAGAAGGAUGACUUCUUUUCAGGACUUGCUGAAGGAGGUGGCGCUAGCAAUGACUCUAGUAACGAUGAUGAUGAUAGUGAUGAUGAUGACGAAAGUGAAGAUGAUGAUGACAGUGAUGAAAAUUAAAAAAAGUUUUACAAAGUA